AACUUCUCUCUCUCUCUACCUUACCUCUCCAUCCUUUCGGCCCCAUUCCUCACAUGCCUCCCCCCCGUCACGACGGCCCCCACCACGGCGGCGAGCCCGCCGCCCACGGCCACCGCCACGGCGGCGCCUCCCCGCCGGGGCCGCCGCCGCCGCCGAAGCAGAACCCGAAGCUGCUCUCCCUCCUCCUGAAGGCCAUAAUAAUGACCCUGAUAACCACCCUCUUCUUCCUCUUCCUCGGCUUGGCCGCCAUCAUCCUCCUCCACCUCUGCCUCGCCGGCGGCCUCCUCCACCGCCGCCGCCAGAUCGACCUCCCGCCUGCCCCCGGCGGGGCGCUGCCCCCGCGCGAGCUCAAGAGGCUCCCCAAAUUCAGGUACCCGAAGAGGGGGGCUCAGGGCCAACAGUAUCAAGGCUGUACCGAUUGUGCGGUCUGCUUGGACGAGUUCAGCCAAGGCCAGUGGUGCAGGAAGCUGGUCGGGUGCGGUCACGUCUUCCAUAGGAGCUGCGUGGACACUUGGCUCGUCAAGGUCGCUGCUUGCCCGGUUUGCCGGUCGCAGGUCCGAGCCCAGGUGGGGUCCACGAGGUCCGGGAUCGACGGACGAGAUUGCAAGCAGCUUUGGGCUUUCGGUAGGGAGACGCCCAUUUGAGGGAUCCGGCGGAUAGGACUUGCGGGAGUCCUUGAAAAGUGGUUAGAUUGUUGGUCAUGCGUUGAAAAAUUCAAUCUAUGUUUUUUUCGGGCAAUGAAAUAUAGUGGAUUACCAGCUGCAGCAAUUUUGUUCUUUCCUACUUUAGUUCCUCAAGUUGUUCUGGGAUCAGUUUGGUUAUGUUUGGUUAGCUAGAAAUGUGAAAUCCCGGUGCAGUUGAAGUUUUGGUUGUGAAUAAAAUGCUGUCCUAGUUGAAUGUUGUGUUUUGUUGUUA